AUGGAUUGGUCUACGCUUCGAGAAUCUGAUGCUAACGCCCUGGCUGCCGAUUUCCACGAACUACUCAACAUCAAGGUUCCUUUCCUUGCUGAUUGGAUAUUGUACGACAUCAAGGACAAAAUCGACCCUAAGCAGUUUGGUAACAGACGCGGUACUUCGAUUGUGCAUUGCCUCGUCAGCCUGUUGGACACCAUCCAUACAGGUAUCGACACCUCUGGAACCUUCGCUAAUCUGUGCACAAUAGACUUCAGUAAGGCGUUUGACCACGUUAAUCACGCGAUUGUGAUCCAGAAGCUGAUUGGGUUAGGAGUAGAUCGCUCUAUCAUCCCUACUUUAUGUAGCUUUUUGUCUCAGAGAACGCAAACUGUCCGCUACCAUGGAACAACCUCCCAGGAGAGAUCCAUCACUUGUGGAGUGCCACAGGGAACACGUUUGGGCCCGAUACUUUUUUUGGUAUUGGCCAACGAUGCUGCACAGAUGACUGAGAACCGCUGGAAGUACGUAGAUGACCUAACUUUGUUGGAGGUCAUUAACAAAUUUCAACCGUCCCAAUUACAGUCUCAUGUCGAUUACCUUACUACUUGGUGUCAGGAAAAUGAUGUUAUCCCGAAUGCCGCUAAGUGCAAGGCUAUGCAAGUCUCCUUUCUCCGAACUCCACAGCAUCCUCCUGAUCUGCUCAUCGACUCAGCUAGCCUGGAGAUUGUUUCCGCGAUUAAGUUGCUCGGGGUCAUCAUCAAAUAUGACCUCAAGUUGGAUCAACAAGUCGAUCGCAUCAUAUCAAACGCGUCGAGGAGAUUGUUCAUCAUCAAUAAGUUAAAAAGGAAUGGGGUCAACACUCAAGAUUUGGUGACAAUCUAUCAGCUCUACAUUCGACCGGUACUGGAGUUUGCGCCCCCCGUUUGGACUUCUGGUAUAACGAAGACUCAGGCUGAAACCAUCGAACAUAUUGAAUUUCAGGAGCGUUAA